GCUGCAAUGCUCGCCAUGGGGCCGACGGGUUUCGGGGUGCUGGGGGCGAUGGGGCUGGCGCUGAGCUGCGGGGCAGCAGGCGCCUUCGUGGUGCACGUGGCCAGCUCCUGCCCGCUGACAGCCAACGGCUCCCUGGGGGGCUUCGACCUCACCGUGGCCUUCAACAAAAACCCCCUGGUGUGCUACGACCCCGACGCCCACAUCUUCUACCCCUGUGACUGGGGGCUGCUACACGACGUUGCCACUUUUGUCGCCUUCAUGCUAAAUUAUAAUGCCACGUGGGUGCAGCGUGCAGAGGCGCGCAGACAGGCGUGCACUGAGCUGUCUGCACAGUUCUGGGCACAGACUGCACUGCGGAGGACACCACCCCAGGUCCGCAUCGUCCCCAUCCGCAUCUCCAAUGACCCCGACACCGUCCGCCUCAUCUGCCACGUCUGGGGCUUCUUCCCACCCGCAGUGACCAUCCAGUGGCUGCAAAACGGCCUCGUGUUGGCCUCGGAUGACACCAAACUGCUGCCCAACGGCGACUGGACCUACAGGACACAGACAACGCUGAGGGCCAGCACUGCGGCGGGGAGCACCUACACGUGCUCAGUGUGGCACUCCAGCCUGGAGCAGCCGCUGCAGGUGGACUGGAGUCCCAAUUUGUCUCCGGGAAUGAUGGCGCAGGUGGCAGUGGCGGCCAUGGCGCUGACCUUGGGGUCCUGAUGCUGGUUCCAGUCCCCAUCCUGAUGCGGGUUCUGAUUCCAGUCCUGGUCCUCAAAAUGAUCCCCGUCCAAGUUCUGGUCCCCAUC